GCUAAUGUGAACUCUCAGAAUUGCAGAUCACGGCGCCCAGUCAUCCCCCUCUUGGAAUGAUGUGUCUUGAUCAAGCUUCUGUGGUUAUCGACUGAGAUAAGUACGCAGCAUCACGCUGCCACGCCCAUCCCAAACCCGCCAGAAGAGCCAUCAUGCUAUGCAUUGAGUUGGAUCAGAUGUCUGAUACGGAGACCGAAUUCUAGCCUGCCAGCCCCGGGACUCUUUUAGCAAGCAAGAGCUUUGUGGCGUCCAUAUCAUCGGUAGACAUCCGCGCAUCCCCCUGAGCCUAACCAUGACCUCCCUCGACCCUCACGCUGUCGCUAGCGGGUGGCUUGAAGGCUUCCAGAACGCAGCCGCAGCCGCUGACGUCGAUGCGUUCGUUAAACUAUUCCUCCCCACGAGUUGGCUGAGAGACCUGCUAUGCUUCCAAUGGGACGUGAAGUCGCUCGGAGGACAUGACAGCCUGAAGGCAUACUUGUCCGAGACAGUCGAUGACCGCACCAGACUCGCGCGCGCUGGCCUACACGACGUCCGCAUCGAAGCAUCGUCUACCCUGGGGCCGCCCGCUGCGUUCCCACUUCCUUCCGACCCCACAAAGCAAGGUGUGCAGGGAGCUUUCGAGUUUGGGCUCACUUCGCCGCCAGCCAGUGGCCGUGGGUUCUUCCGUGUCGUCCAGAAUCCCAACGGCGAGUGGAAGGCAUUGGCUGUCUUCUUGACCCUUGAGGAUAUCAAAGGACACGAGGAACCGCGCGGUCGUCCGCCGGGGCUCUUCCCCGAUCUCUCGACCUACGAAGAAGUGAAGGCGAAGGAACUGGCGGCGAUCGAUCAGGACCCGACUGUCCUCAUAAUUGGUGGCGGGCAGACAGGCAUGAUGUGCGCCGCCCGCCUUCGGAAGCUGGGUGUGCGGGCCCUCAUCAUCGACAAGAACCCUACUGUCGCACACGUAUGGAGGAACAGAUACCCCAACCUGACAACGCAGACGUCAGCUCAUCACUGUUCGAUGGCCUAUCAACCUUGGCCAACCACGUACCCCAACUACAUCGGAAAGGACAAAGUAGCGGACUUCCUCGAAUUCUACGCCAAGGCUCAGGAUCUGCGCAUCUGGCAGUCAAGCACAACCGAGGGACCUCCAAUCUACGACGAGGACAAGAAAUGCUGGAAAGUGACAGUAAACCGAGAUGGGCAAAAGGUGUACAUGGAGCCGAGGCAUAUCAUCCUCGCAGCGGGUAAUGGUCCUGCGAAAUUUCCCAAGGUUGAGGGCAUGAGUGACUUUGCUGGAAGCGUGUAUCACUCCGACGACCAUCGUGGGGCAGCCCCCUUUGCCGGAAAACGAGUGGUCGUUGUUGGCUCUGGUAAUGCGGCCCAUGACCUAUGCAUUGACUUUGUUGCCAAAGGCGCUUCCAGCAUCACCAUGGUGCAACGUAGCCCGACGUGCGUAGUCUCUGCGAACACCGUGGACAAGGUCCUCUUCGGGACCACGUACAACGAGAAGUACGCUAUCCAGGACUCGGAUUUCCUCAGCAACUCCAUGCCGCCAGCCCUCGCUAUGAAGAUGGCUGUCGGGGGAGGCACUGCGAGGCUGAAGGGCAUGGACAAGGAUCUAUUCGAUGGAUUGACCAACGCUGGUUACCAACUAACCUGGGAGCUUACACCAGGUGGAGGCGAGGUCGGCUUGAUCGGAUAUGUCCUAGCUCGAAUGACGGCGGGCACUAUGCUGGACAGAGGCUGCGGUAAGCUCAUCAUCGACGGCAAGGUCAAGGUCAAGAGCGGCGAGAUCGCGAAGUUUGAGAAGGACAGCGUGGUGUUCGACGAUGGGUCAAAAGCCGAGGCCGACGUCGUCGUAUACGCGACGGGCUACUUGCCUCUGACCGAGAACAUCAAAGCAGUCUUUGGAGAGUCCAUCUUGGAUCGCAUCGGCACGCAGAUGGAGGGUCUGGAUGACGGAGGGGAGAUGAGAAAGGGCUACAGACCCACUGGUCAGCCGGGUUUCUGGCUCGUCAUGGGACCCUUCCCGUCCGCUCGAUACUUCAGCAAGAUUUUGGUACGUCGACCUGCAUGCUGAUGCUACGUGAUUCUAACGAAAGUCAUCAUGAAACAGGCCCUUCAAAUUCUAGCUGAUGAACUCGGCUUAACAUCAACCAGUCAAAGUAAACUGUAAGGAAGAUAGUCAUGUAACCAUCACGAAAGUCGUUGGGCAGAAUGUAUCACGUACCAUGUCAUCUGUAGCACUGCAACGGCGAGGGAAUGUAUGAGCCUAUGACUAGGGCUGGAGAAAG